AUUGGAGUUGGAGGGAAUACUAAACGAAAAACAUCUCCUUUCUCUCUGAUUUCGGUUCCCGCCAUCUCUACUCUCUCACUCUGCGAACUUAAGCAUUUCAAUCUGUAAAAUCAAUAUCCUUCUACUUCGUUCAUUUUCGAAACUCCGGAGCUCAGCGCUCGCGCUCUUCAGCUACCAAUGGCAAAACCUGGAGAAGAUGACCUAUUGGAAGGCCUAGAAAUCACUUCCAUUGGAUCUCUAUACAAAGGUUCUUGGGACAAGAAGUACUGGAGCAGCUCUAGGGUUAGGGUAAAGAUCGGUAUCCUUAUCCUGUCGGGUAUCAAGUCAUAAGAGCUCAUAAUGGGAACAUGUAUAAGAUGGAAAUUCAUGAAGGUCUUAAGGGUCCAUUGUUUGUGAUUACUUCUGAUGGACAUUCAUGUUCUGGCCAAACUCCAGAUAUUGCAUGGGAGAAAUGCCAAAAGAAAGGUUUUACUCGCAUGAAGAUUUGGCAUGGAAAGAGAUUCUCAUGCAAGAUAGAUGGGGUGGAGUUUUUUGGGUUUAAAAAUCCAUUAGUCCAAAGAUUACUUCGGGAAUUGGUGGCAAAUGUCAAUGGAAGAGCAGAGCAAAGUUCCCAUUUCUGCAAUAGCACUUCUAAAACUGAGGAUUACAGUCGACUCUCAGAUGAAUGUACAUAUCCUGAUCUGCUACCAUAUCUUAAAAUUCCAAAUAAAGGGAAGAGAACUAGAAAACAUGAAAUCUUAAUCACGAAGUCAGUCGGCAUGGGUAGACUUAAAAGAUCCCGACCUCAAGAUCUCAUUUGUGAUUCUGAUGCACCAGCUUUAGGACAAGGGAAUCAGAAGAAUGAUAAUCUUGGAUGUUUCAUGCCUCCCACUUCUCCAGAAAAAGAGUAUGGUGUUCAUAAACAUCCAGGAGCUUUAGCCUUGUCACCGCACUUAAUAUCUGGAGCUAUAGAAGAAAUGAGCCACUUCUCAGUCAAAGAGGGGCCACUAUUGAAUUCUGUUGACCUCUCCAAGAUGAAGGAAGCUGUCCCUACUCAAGAAGAGAGGGAACCUGAUGCUUCAGAAAAUUGUAAAUCUGCUGGAGUAGCUAACAACUUGCCUGAAGGGGAAGAACCUCUUUGUAGAUUUCCAGAUACUGAGUUAGAGGAGUUCAAUGUUCAAAAUGUAGCAGAAGAGGAAAAUAGAAGUGCAGUAGCUCGAAAAGACUGCUUAGUACUUGGUGAUGGUCUUUGUGCACCGGAUACUUUAGAUCUUACGCAAGAUAAUACUUCUAGUCCUGCUCCAAGUCCCCAACAUAAAGGUGUAUACAAUGAGAAAGAAGAGUUAAUUGCAGCCGACACGGUCAUUUCUGAAGAACUGGUGACCGAAUCACAUCCACAGGAAGAAACAGGCACAUCUAACACAAAUGCAAGUUCUGAAAAGAGUGAUUAUGAUUCAGUUGGUCAGGAAAUCGCCAAGUCAAUGAUGACGCUUCUGCUUCCGCAAGCAGUUCCUCUGCUCAAAAUGGUGUCUAGGAAGAAAAAGGCUUCAAAUAGCCCUUCAAAGGUUUUUAGUUGUACGGUGAAGUCUCAGUUGGAAAAUAAUGAAGCCAGAUACUCUGCAGAUGUUCCCUCUCCUGUUUUAACACUUACUGAGACUGCCCAUAUGGAAAAGGAAGAAAGGAUGAUCCAAAGUAGAGUUCUUGAUUUAGUUGGACCAAGUUUUGGACAUACCAAGUCUGUUGUUCUUGACAGUUUUGAGGAUGAUCAAUGUGGAGAGCUUGUUACUAAGGAGGUGAAAUUGUCUCAUGAUACUGCUGAAGGCAAUCAUUUCACUUUUGAUAAAGACAGGUGUCCUCCCAACUCUUGGGGACAGCUUGUUGUACAGAAUGACUCAUCAUUUUCUCAUGUUAAGACCAGUGGGAACAAAGAUGUCUUUUGUUAUGAUGAAUUACACAUGACUUUGAAUGAAAAGCCUCAAGAGGGAGGUGAAUGUAUAUCUGAGUCCAUCUCAGCUUGUGCAAUGGCCAGCAAUGACAUCAAUGGUCGUGCUAAGUUGGACGAAAACCCAAUAGAAGUUGAAAUCCAUUCCAAGGAAAAGCACCUCAAAAUUGUAAAUGAUUGCACUGAAGCUCACCCAGAUACUCAUGUUUCUACAACUACUGAAACAACUGACACCAACCAAAGAAGCAUGGUUGAUUCUUCAAAAAUAUCAUCAAAGGAAAUAAGUUUUGAGAGAGGGGAUGCUGAACCUGGCAUUAUGUUCUUUAGUCAAAUACCAAAUAAGGUCUAUACCCGAAAAAGGGCUCGAAAUGUGAAUCUGUUGGCAAGGAAGGAUGACGUUCCACUCUCAGAAAGUAUCAUAUUUAGAAACUUUGGAGAGGAUCUUGACCCUGAAAACAAUCCUGCCACAGGAACUUUGCUUGCCUCAGAGAUUCAUCAAAUGAGCUCUUCUAAUGACAAACCAUGCUAUCAUGAUUUAUUGGGAGUUCAAGCCAGGCUUGGUGGACAAUCCUGUGGGUCUCACACUGAGAAUACCACUGAUUCCAAAAUUUCAACUAACAGUAUGGCUCCUGCUAUAUCACAAAGUCACGCAUUGGCAUUUGCCUCCGAUGAGAAGGAUACUUCAAAUGUUUUUCAGCAAUCUGUUUCACAUGUAGAAAAAUCUGAAGCCCAUCUUGACAAGAAGGCGGUUGGGCACAAGAAUAUUGUAGAUUCAAACAGUCCCGCAUUGAUUCUGAAUCAGAACACCGGUUUCGGUGGAAAUAACAGUUUGAUGGCUAAAGGAGUUCAAGAUGGUGUAGACACAAAACUUUGCAGGAAGUUGAAGCUUAAUAAUGAGCUAAGAGGCAUUGUUGAGCUUGUGGGAUGCUAUGUCCAUCCCAUGCCUAUUUUGUCACUAUCUUUGAGCACCAAAGGGAAUGAAAUCUGCAUUUGUGUUUCAUGUGGCCUUCUGACGGACAGAGACAGAAACAUUUUCAUAUACAGGUUAGCAAUCCAGGAACCAAGAGUUGGAUGCCCUUCUUUCGUUGGGCACACAUCCAUAAUAUUGCCAAUUCACAAAGAUUACUUUGGUAGAGAAGUUGAACUGGAAAGAUCUGGUUUGCACUUUGCUCCAGAUGGCCAGCAUCUUGUUUUACUUGACAGCAUAAAAACACCUUAUUGCAGGGAAGGGAGAAUUCAGUGCUUGUGUUCAACAUGUAAAUCAGAUUGUUUGGAGGAGAACACAGUGAAGAUUGUGCAAGUAAAAUUCGGUUAUGUUUCAGUUGUUGUAAAAUUGAAAGCAGUUGAGAUCUUGCAUUGUAUAUUGGUUUGUGAACCCAGCCAUCUUGUCGCUGUUGGAGAGAGUGGGAGACUGCAUCUGUGGGUUAUGAAUUCAGCAUGGAGUGCACAGACAGAGGAAUUCAUUUUACCGGCUAACAAUUACGCCUCUCCUGGCCUAAUGGAGUUGAAGGGAAUUCCAAAGUGUGCUUCUCUAGUUGUGGGUCAUAAUGGUGUUGGGGAAUUCAGUAUAUGGGAUAUUUCUAAGCGCAUCUGUCUAUCAAGUUUUUCUGCUCCAAGCACUUCAAUUUAUCAAUUCUUUCCAAUUAGUUUGUUUAAUUGGAACAGCAAGUACCAUGUUUUCAGCAACUCUAAUGUUGAGGAACACAUCAAUGGGAUUAUGGCUGCAACAAAAAUGUGGUUCUCAGACAACAGUGCGAAUAAUUCUUUUCUUUCAUUUGAGGGUGAAGAUAUUGCUGUCUGGCUCCUUGUCUCAACUAUCUCAGACUCUGAUGCUCAACAUGACUAUAUACCAAGUUAUUACCAGAAUCAUUCAGUGGGAGGGUGGAGGCUGGCUCUACUGGUGAAAGAUAAGGUUGUACUGGGAUGUGCACUAGAUCCAAGGGCUUCUGCUGUUGGUGCAUCAGCUGGUCACGGGGUUAUUGGCACAUGUGAUGGACUUGCAUACAUGUGGGAAUUGGCAACUGGAGCUAAACUUGGCACGUUGCAUCAUUUCAAAGGUGGCAGUAUUUCAUGUGUUGCUACAGAUGAUUCAGGGGCAGGUGCUUUGGCAGUAGCUAGUGAUGGAGGUCAGUUGCUGGUUUAUCGGCAAAAUCUGCAUGCUGAAAAUUAAACAUUUUUCAAAUUAACAAGCGAACACGCAUACCAGUUUUUGCUCUAAUGUUCUUUGUUGAGAUCCUUGAUAUUCAUAAGGCCAUGCAGUCUAGAUUCCCAAAGUUUUCAUUCAGUUUAUCAAGAUGUGAAUGGUUCUUAAAAGGAACAAGAAGACGUACAGACCUGUUUUUGCUCAAAUGUUUUAUUCUGUGAGCUGCCAGCUCGGGAAACUUGGUAUUAGUGACGGAAUGCUUCCUAGAUCCCUAGAGGUAAGUGUAUGCUCCAUUGACCUUAAAUGUACACACAGCAAACUGGGUUCAUUUUGAAAUGGUGAAUAUUGGUUCUUCUUUUGAUAGACUGUCUGCUUCUUAAUAAAUAAUCAAGUUCCCUCUUUUCUGAUUCA